GGCACCAGAGUUGCAGUUAUUGGAAGAACUUGACGCUAUCCUCACAGGGCAUCGGGUGGACACGCAGCGGCGGUGGUGGCGGUCUCCCUCCACACCUGCAGGGGGCAAUCGACUUCCAGAACCGCCGCUGGACUCCGGGGCCCUCGGCUUCGCCCAGGGAACGUCACCACGGCCGGCCGCUUCUCCACUGCGCUAACGCGCAGGCGCCAAGAGCACCGCGCACCGCCAAGCCGAGGGUGGGGUCACGAACUCUGACCCCCACCCCCAAAUACACAAACUCAGAAAGCGCCCCUUGUCCCCUUGGCCUCGGGUCCCCUCGCCUCUGCUCUCUCCAGCCCAGCGGCCGCCGCGGCGGGAGGGAUAUUUUGACAAUUAGAUCAUGGCGACCAUAGAAGAAAUUGCACAUCAAAUUAUUGACCAACAGAUGGGUGAGAUUGUUACAGAGCAGCAGACUGGACAGAAAAUCCAGAUCGUGACAGCACUUGACCACAGCACACAGGGCAAGCAGUUCAUUCUAGCAAACCAUGAGGGGUCCACCCCAGGGAAAGUCUUCCUCGCAACUCCGGACGCUGCAGGCAUCAACCAGUUGUUUUUCACCAGUCCUGAUCUGUCUGCACCCCACCUCCAGCUCUUAACAGAAAAUUCUCCUGACCAGGGACCAAAUAAAGUUUUUGAUCUUUGUGUUGUGUGUGGAGACAAAGCAUCAGGACGUCAUUACGGAGCAAUAACUUGUGAAGGUUGCAAAGGAUUUUUUAAAAGAAGCAUCCGAAAAAACUUAGUGUAUUCGUGUCGAGGAUCCAAAGACUGUAUUAUUAACAAGCACCACCGAAACCGCUGCCAAUACUGCAGGUUACAGCGGUGCAUUGCCUUUGGGAUGAAACAAGACUCCGUUCAGUGUGAAAGAAAACCCAUCGAAGUAUCCCGAGAAAAAUCCUCCAACUGUGCAGCUUCAACAGAAAAAAUCUACAUCCGCAAAGACCUCCGAAGCCCUCUGGCUGCAACGCCAACCUUUGUAACCGACAGCGAGACUGCCAGGUCAACUGGACUGUUGGAUUCAGGAAUGUUUGUGAAUAUUCAUCCAUCUGGUAUAAAAACAGAACCAGCUAUGUUAAUGACACCAGAUAAGGCUGACUCGUGUCAGGGAGACUUAAGCACAUUGGCCAGUGUGGUCACGUCAUUAGCGAAUCUGGGCAAAGCUAAAGACCGCUCUCACUGUAGUGGCGACAUGCCUGUGGUGCAGAGCCUACGCAACGGUGAUACAUCCUUCGGUGCAUUUCAUCAGGAUAUUCAGACCAAUGGUGAUGUUUCAAGGGCAUUUGAUACUCUUGCUAAAGCACUGACUCCUGGAGAAAGCGUGGCCUGCCAGAGCUCAGGAGAGGCCAUAGAAGGAAGCAUGCAUCUAAUUGCUGGAGAGCCGUGCUGCAUGGAGAAAGAGGGGCCACUGCUCAGCGAUUCGCAUGUAGCUUUCAGGCUCACCAUGCCUUCUCCUAUGCCCGAGUACCUGAAUGUGCACUACAUUGGGGAGUCGGCCUCCAGACUGCUGUUCUUAUCGAUGCACUGGGCGCUCUCCAUCCCUUCUUUCCAGGCACUAGGGCAAGAAAACAGCAUAUCACUGGUCAAAGCGUACUGGAAUGAGCUCUUUACCCUCGGUCUUGCCCAGUGCUGGCAAGUGAUGAAUGUCGCAACUAUAUUAGCAACGUUUGUCAAUUGCCUUCACAGUAGCCUUCAGCAAGAUAAAAUGUCACCAGAGAGGAGGAAGUCACUGAUGGAGCACAUCUUCAAGCUGCAGGAGUUCUGCAACAGCAUGGUGAAACUGUGCAUCGAUGGGCACGAGUACGCCUACCUCAAGGCCAUCGUCCUCUUCAGCCCGGAUCACCCAGGCCUGGAGAAUAUGGAGCUAAUUGAGAAAUUUCAGGAAAAGGCUUAUGUGGAAUUCCAAGAUUAUAUCACCAGGACAUAUCCAGAUGACACAUACAGGCUGUCGAGAUUACUUCUCAGACUACCGGCCUUGCGGCUGAUGAACGCCACCAUCACUGAGGAAUUGUUCUUCAAAGGUCUCAUUGGCAACGUACGAAUCGACAGCGUCAUCCCGCACAUUUUAAAAAUGGAGCCCGCAGAUUACAACUCUCAAAUAAUUGGUCACAGCCUUUGAAAGCUGAGGUCACCCUGCUAUGAACUAAGUUUACUGUUCCUUCUCGGGACACAAGAAACCAAAUGGAACUGUUGCUUCCAGGGCGUCUGCAAAUAGUAUCUUUAAGAGUAACCAAAACUGAAAGUAUUUUUCUUUUGGAUUCCUUAAGAAGAAUUUAAGUGACCAGGCAGGGGUCAGGAAUUAUACUACCCUGUCUGUCCUAUAGGAAUGAAUAAAAAAUGGUACUGGGCUGUUCUUGGUGAGGAUGACACCUAAGACUAUCUCCUCCUGACCAUCUACACUAAGCUUUCUCUUUCUAUUUUAUGAAACAAAUAAACUAGUCUUUCCCCCCCUGAA